GCUGAUUCAUUCGGGGGCUGGAGCUAGGAGCGUCGACGUCGACUUCUGCGCCGGGCGCAGCCUCGCUCCCAAUUGGUUGGGCGUCCGGGCCGCCCUCUACCGCGCGCCACCCCUGGCUUCCCAUCCUCGUCCGCAGUAGAAACGCUGCCCUCUCCCUUCUCGACCCCUGGCGCUUCCUCCCCUUCUUCCCUCCCUCUCCGCUGCUGCUGUCGCUUCACGCGCCCCUGCUCCCGCAGGAGCUCCUGGCUCGGUAAUGGGGUCUCGGGCCUCCACGUUACUGCGGGACGAAGAGCUCGAGGAGAUCAAGAAGGAGACUGGCUUUUCCCACAGUCAGAUCACCCGUCUCUACAGCCGGUUCACCAGCCUGGACAAAGGAGAGAAUGGGACUCUCAGCCGGGAAGACUUCCAGCGGAUUCCAGAGCUUGCCAUCAACCCAUUGGGGGACCGAAUCAUCAAUGCCUUCUUUCCAGAGGGAGAGGACCAGGUAAACUUCCGUGGAUUCAUGAGAACUUUGGCUCAUUUCCGACCCAUUGAGGAUAAUGAAAAGAGCAAAGAUGUGAAUGGACCAGAACCACUCAACAGCCGAAGCAACAAACUGCACUUUGCUUUUCGACUGUACGACUUGGAUAAAGAUGACAAGAUCUCCCGUGACGAGCUGUUACAGGUGCUACGCAUGAUGGUCGGAGUGAAUAUUUCAGAUGAGCAGCUGGGCAGCAUUGCAGACAGGACCAUCCAGGAAGCCGAUCAGGAUGGGGACAGUGCCAUAUCUUUCACAGAAUUUGUUAAGGUUUUGGAGAAGGUGGACGUAGAACAGAAAAUGAGCAUUCGAUUUCUUCACUAAAGGACUGAGACCAAACUGUUCCUUGCUUUCUAGUAUUUAAGAACUGGAACUUGAAAGUCCUAUCCACCAGCCCCACCUCCACCCCAUCAAUCCCCUUCUCCCAAAGUACUACUGCUGUUGCAUGACUACCCCCAAAAUGUCCCGUCAACACAAACCUGCCUUUGGUGUAUAAAAAGGGCAUUACAGAAUGGUACACCCAACCUAUUUUUGCUCAGUAUCAUUCGCCAGUUAUCUCCAUUUCUAAAUAUCAUCUCCCUCUGUUCUGCUGAAUGCCACACAUGCAUGCAGUCUGACAAAGUGAGAGGGAAUCAUGCCAAGAACCAGCCAGCAAAGCUCGUUCACUGGAUAUGGACUGUAGCCAUGCUGCCUUUCCUCCAACUAGGCUUGGCAUGCUCCUUCAUCAUUUUUUAUACGUCCUUUGCUUCCUGCUUCUCUUUCACCCAACAUACCAUUCACUUAGUCUCUCAGUCUCCCUGCUUUUUAUUAAGCUUCAGUCCUCUCUGUUCUACUUGGCACUCCAAGCUAUGCCUGUUAAAUGUAUUUCUGACUUGGCAGUAUAGUUCAGUGGUCUCGCAGUUUUAAAUCUACCUUUACUCUUAAAUGGGUCUCUGGGAUGUUGCCUCUCCAGGAGCUUUUCAGUAACUAACACUUCUCUCUGAAAAAUGUGACCAUCUCUUGGUCCCCUGCACUCUGCUGUGUCAUCAGAGUGCUGUUUGGAGAUGUUCUGGAAAGGUGGUGGCCUCAGUGAGAGGUGUAGAGCCAAGUCUUGUAGGUGGCUUGCCCAGGUCUCUCUACCUCUGGCCUCUGAUUCUCAACAUUCAUCCCUAUGUGGCUGCUCCUGUCGGUACAGUGUUGGCUUUCCAGAAAUUAGCCAUAUGCCUGCAGGCUUGCUUAGUUUGGGGAUGCUGUCACCACCAGAAGGGCUGCUCUGACAAUACGCUUGGGGACUUCCUCAAAGGCUUUUUGAACAAUGAGGCUGGGCACCCUAAAAGUCUGGUGUGUUCCCACCGCUGCAGCGUGGUUUAUGCCUCAGUGUUACGUGCCCUGGAAUGCUUUUCACUUCACAUUUCCAAAUAGAAAGAUUAGUGUUACAGAAGUGCCUAACUCAUCCCAGUCCACGAGUUUUAAAGAUUGUCCUCAGUGUCUUGAAGUUUUGCACAGAAUUCUCUGAAUUUUACACCUGACAAAUGUUCAUGCUGGAAGCCAUAGUCAGCUCCUAAUACAGGUCCAAAGCAUUGAAUGUAUUACAUCAUUAGCUGCCGGGUUACACUGACUUCCUAGCUCCUCUCUUAGACCACUGCUGAUCCCUUAGAAACAAGGGGUCUGGCACCAGUGGCACAACCUGAGGUGGCUUUAUAGGCCUUUGCAUGAACCAGAGCAACUUCUCUGCCUAAGUCAGCUUAGCACAGACAUUGAAUCAGGCUGUUGGCAUCCUAACAUCUGUCUUUGUGAGUCUCUUCAUUUGUGUAUCUGUCCUUGGCUGAUUUUCUUGACUCAUUGCUUGCUUGCUUGUUUCCUUGCUUUGGAAGGCUACCCAAGAUGCAUACACAAUACUUUAGGAAGGGAAUUGCUUUAAAAAAAAAAAAAAACUGUAAAGGGAUUAGGAAGAGUGGGGAAGAAAGAGUGACCAGGUUGGAUGAAUCAAGUAUAAACGACUGAGGAAUUCUUGGUGAAGUUUCAGUCUGACUUCAUGAUCAAGCAAUGUAUUAUAGGAAUUGUACAAAAGGGAAGAACUGUCUGACACUGGUCUGUUAGAGAGGUACUUCAGAGGCUCUUUGACCUGCAUAUUUAAAGUUCCUAAGAUUAUGGCUUUCUCCUCCUUUUGGCUGUAUAGCAAACUGUUUUAAUCCACAGUUGUGCCUUAUUGUUCCAUUAAAAUUGUAUUCUUCGACCCAUCAAUAAAUACUUGUGGUUAAAACAAAAUAA